AUGGAUGACCAUGUCGCCCUCAAGGGGGCAACAACUGUGGUGCUGGCGAUUCUGUCAGCAAUCUUCUCUGGCCUCAACUUGGGCCUCAUGUGUCUGGAUACCAACCAAUUGAUAUUGCUGGUGAAGGCUGCAGAGAGGGAUGGUGCAGACAAAGAGGCACGGCGCCAGGCUGCUUGGGCCGCGAGGAUUUUGCCCCUGCGCAAAGAUGGGAAUCUGCUGCUGUGCACGGUGCUGUUGGGCAACGUCAUGGUGAAUUCCUACUUCGCCAUUUUGCUGGCGGAAUUUUGGGAUGGCACGGCUGCCUUCGUUGUCAGUACCUUGGUCAUCGUCACCUUCGGGGAAAUCAUGCCCCAGUCGAUUUGCUACAAGCACGGCUUGAGGAUUGGGGCGGCCUUAGUUCCGCUGCUGAUCUUUUUUUGGUACCUGCUCUUUCCCAUUUCCAAGCCCAUGGCGCUGAUUUUGGACCAGAUCUUCGGCGAGGAGAUCGGCCAGGUACUGGAUCGCCAACAGUUCCUGACGCUGAUCGAGUACCAGAGAAAGCAGGCCCCGCACCUCUUGACGGAGCAGGAGGCAAAGAUUCUGCGGGGCUCGAUGGACUUCGCGACCAUGAUGGCAAAGAACAUCAUGGUGCCCAUGGCGGACUGCUUCUGUUUAGACGCCUGCGCGGUCAUCAACCCGGGCCUGUGCGCGGCCGUGGCGGCGGCGGGCUUCUCGCGGAUCCCGGUGAUUGACCGAGAUCCCUUGAGCCCAAAGAGGCAGUUUGCUGUCAUCGGCCUCAUCCAUGUGAAAGACCUGCUCCUUCUGGAGAUCGACCACGAAGUGCCCCUGAAGGCGCUCCUGCCGCUGAUCGGGCGCCAGGUCUUCAUCGUAGACGACGACCGGCCCUUGCUGCAGUUGCUGGAAGAGUUCCGGCGAGGAGCCAGUCAGCUUGCAGUCGUCCGGGGCAUCGUGGAUGACGAGGACUGCGACCCCUACUUCCGGCACGUCGGUAUUCUGACGCUGCAGGACUUGCUAAACACUAUUGUGCAGGAAGAUGUGCAUGAAGUUGAUGCAGAUGACGUGGAUUCCUGUGUGAGCAGUGAGCCCAGCGGGAUGUUCUCCAACGUGCGGCGCUUCCAUGAAUGCUUGGACACCACGGUUGACCACCGGAGCCCUGUGGCCAGAGCCCACAACAAACAGAUGGUGCAGGGCUUGUCCAAGGAUGAGGUGAUUGCGGCCGCUGCUUUCUUACGACAGCGGUACCCUCAGCUUUUCCGGCAGAUCUCACAGACGCGGCUGGAGGCCUUCCUGCUGCGGAGCCGCGUGGUGGGCGAGGCGGACGCUUUGCUCUUCGAGCGGCUCACGCCGGCGCCUUGCGCGGCGCUGGUCAUCGCGGGGGAGGUGAAGGUCUUCGCAGGGGCAGAGGCCCACGAGUGCAUCCUGGGCCCCUGGAGUCUCCUGGGCAAGCGCUGCCUCGAGGAGGCCAAAUCCUCGAAGAGUCGUUACAUCCCAGAUUUCACAGCUCGAAUGGCAGAGGCCAAGGACAACGUUGGAGCGUCCAGGAUCCUGCUGAUUUCGGGCGAGGCAUAUGGCAAUCUCCUCUCCAACAGCAUGAGCUUGUAA